AUGUUCAGUUGGAAUAAGCGACGGGUAAAAGCUGCACCUCAUACUGGAGAGACAGGAAUUCAGAUCCGUUCUCUGUCUACUUAUGCUUACCACAGUAAUUCAUGCGGUCAGUUCUCCUCUACUAAUUUGCCUUUCAGCAACUUUUUGUGCAUUGCUUGUCCAUACCGCUGUUCGCGUGGGUGGGGGGUGAAUGUCCGAAGUACGUGGGCGGGGCAUCUGUGCGCUAGUUGUAUGCGUAUGUGGGGAAGAGUGAUCGAUAGUGGCAGGGCGAGCUGGCAAUGGUCUUGUCUGCAAAGAGUUGUGUGGAUGACAUGUGGACGUUGUGGCUCCCAUUGCCAACUAUAUCCAUUAUUGAUUUCUCCGGAGCCACCUCCGGUAUGUCUUGGAGGAUGGAGUGGAGCGCGUCGUAUACACACCUCCACCUCUCCUGAAGUCGCCGGAUGA